UUUUCAAUGAGGAAAUUGAAGACAUUUUGCAUCUGGAGCACUUCUGAAGACACAAACCAAGGACAAGUUAAAGCACUGGGAAUGAAGUCAAAGAGCAGGCCCUGCAGAGGGAGGUGUGGAGACUAAAAACAGCAUCAGCAAAGCUCAUCUGUUCUAUCAGCUACAGGACAUUUCCAUCAAACAUGCAGGAUGGGCUGCACUUGUAGUGACCAGAAACAAAUAAAAGAAGAAGGGUUCUAUAAAGGAAAACACAAAUCACAUGCCUCCCCCUCGUCGAACCAUAUAGGACAAAGUGGAAAUGCCUACACAUAUACUGAUGACACUUUAUUUAUUGCACAACAUGACUUCAAACCAACCAACGACAGUGAUCUUCCUUUCAAAAAGGGAGACAAGCUUAAAGUUUUGCAAGAAAGCGGAGAAUGGUGGCUGGCCCAAUCGCUGACAACUGGACAAGAAGGCUUCAUACCAUCUAAUUAUGUAGCCAGAGCAGAUACACUGGAGGUGGAAAAGUGGUUUUUCAGGGAUUUGGGUAGAAGAGAAACUGAACGACUGCUUUUAGCACCUGGAAAUAAACCGGGGUCCUUUCUGAUUCGAGAGAGUGAGACCUGUAAAGGGUCAUUCUCACUGUCAGUCAGAGAUUCUGAAGAAGAAAGAGGAGAUGUGGUAAAACACUACAAGAUCCGCUGUUUGGACAAAGGUGGUUACUACAUCUCUCCUUCCAACACAUUCCCGACCCUGCAGGAACUGGUUAAAUACUAUACCCACACAGCAGAUGGGUUGUGUCAGCGGCUGUAUGCUCCCUGUAAAUCUAAGGCCCCUCAGCAGCCAUGGGCACAUGAUGAAUGGGAGAUUCCCCGAGAAACAUUGAAAAUGGUGAAGAAACUGGGGGCCGGGCAGUUUGGAGAAGUAUGGAUGGGUUUCUACAAGAACACCCAGAAGGUUGCUAUCAAGACCUUAAAGGAGGGAACAAUGGAGCCAGAGGCCUUCUUGCAGGAGGCUAACCUGAUGAAACAGUUGAGGCAUGACCGACUGGUACGACUUCAUGCUGUCGUCACUAAAGAGCCCAUUCUCAUUGUCACCGAAUUCAUGGUCAAUGGAUGCCUUCUAGACUUUCUAAAAACAGAUGAAGGAAAAAAGCUGAAGCUUCAUAAGCUGAUCGACAUGUCGGCACAGAUAGCUGAAGGCAUGGCGUACAUUGAGAAGAAGAACUACAUCCACCGCGAUCUGCGUGCAGCUAACAUACUGGUCAACGAGAUGCUGCACUGCAAGAUAGCAGACUUUGGCCUGGCCAGAAUCAUCGAGUCAGAAUACACAGCUCAAGAAGGUGCUAAAUUUCCCAUUAAAUGGACGGCUCCAGAGGCCAUCAAUUUUGGGACGUUCAGCAUCAAAUCAGAUGUUUGGUCCUUUGGGAUCCUCCUGACAGAAAUAGUCACCUACGGAAGAAUACCUUACCCAGGUAUGACCAACCCAGAGGUGAUCAGGAGUCUUGACAGGUCAUACAGGAUGCCAUGUCCAGACGACUGUCCAGCGGAACUGUAUGAUAUCAUGAUGGUGUGCUGGAAGCAGAAGCCUGAAGACCGACCUACCUUUGAAUAUCUUCAGAACACUCUCAAUGACUUUUUUAUUGCCACGGAAGGACAAUAUGAGAUGCAUCCCUGAUGACAGAAAAAA